AAGUAUAAAUAUAUAAAAGGCAGUACUGUGCCAAAAAAAGGCGUUAAAAGUUUUGUUGAUAAAGAUCUUCAAAUGUUAAAGGUAAAAAAUUUUUUAUCUUAAAAAAAAAAUAAAAAAUCUUCAUAAUAAUGGCAUCCGAGCCAUUAACGAAUACUCUUAAUCCAACAACUUCUUCAACAAUAACAAUACGUAUAAUAAAAAAUUUUGAGUAUCGUACCAUUAAAAAUCUUGUUUUACAACAUAUAAAUUUAGAAACAACAACUUUUAAAGAAUUAAAAGAAUUAAUAAUUGAGAAGAUAAAUUCUACACCCGGAUUAAAACCUUUUCGUAAUGUGAAUUAUGAUACGUUAAAACUUUAUACAAAGGCCCACGGAGCUAAAACACAAAGCUUGAUUAUAAACAUGGAAGAUGACGAAAAUAUGAUUUUUUCAAAUGAUGAUGAUAAUUUGGCUUCAUGUGGUAUUGAAAAUGAAACAGAAAUUUCUUUUUUCAAUCGUGAAGCAUAUGAAACUUAUAAAACACAUCCGGACGUAAUUAAAUGGGAUUAGAAUUUUACUAUUAAUUCAUUAUAGAUACAUGAUUCUAAUAUUACAAAUUUUGAAGUUGUGAUAAAAAUAUAAUAUAUAUAAUAUAUAUAUAUAUAUAUUAU